UGCCUCGUUUAGUAAUACUUUUGCCACACUGGAGACCAGGCUUUGUUUUUGGAAGAGCAUGGGACGCAGAAGAUAUUCUGUUAUGGAGUUCAUGUUACGUUGCUUUGUCUUCCUUGUCAUGGCGCACUGUGGUUAUGGAGACGUAAGCUAUUCUAUUCCGGAGGAGAUGAAACGCGGAUCUGUGAUUGGGAACAUUGCGAAGGAUCUAGGACUCGACACAAAUAAGCUGCAUCUUCGGAAGGCUCGCAUUGAUACUGAAAGUAAGCAUAAACGUUAUUGUGAUAUUAAUUUGAAGACUGGGGAGUUGGUUGUUGCCGAAAGAAUGGACAGAGAGGGUCUUUGUGGAAAGAAAGCAUCUUGCCUUUUAAGUCAAGAACUGGUGUUAGAAAAUCCUUUGGAAUUACACCGAGUCAAUAUCCAUGUACAAGAUGUUAAUGAUAACAUUCCUCGGUUCGAAGAUGAUUCUAUUAAAAUGGAGAUAAGGGAAUCAGCUAUUAAAGGUGCCACCUUCCUACUGGACGAAGCCCACGAUGCGGAUAUUGGCCAGAACGCAGUUCAGACUUACACUUUACAAAACAAUGACUAUUUUGCUUUAAAUGUACAUGCAAACAAUUUAGGAGGAAAAUAUGGCGAGUUGGUUUUAGAUAAAGAGCUGGACCGAGAGCAGCAGCAGGAGGUGACGCUGAUUCUUACCGCCAUUGAUGGUGGGACUCCACCGAAAUCGGGUACUGUGGCCAUACACAUCACAGUGCUGGAUGCUAAUGAUAACGCUCCGGUGUUCAGUCAAGACGUGUACACAGUUAAUCUGUCCGAAAACUCACCCAUAGAUACUGUUGUAGUGUCAGUGAGCGCUUCUGAUGUAGACGAGGGGGCAAAUGGAGAAAUAACAUAUGCAUUCGGUCACAUGUCUGCUGAAGAUAGAACGUUAUUUGGUUUGGAUAAAAAGACAGGACAGAUUAGGGUGAUUGGAUCCUUAGAUUACGAGGAGAGCUCCACUCAUGAGUUGCGAAUUCAGGCUAAAGAUGGGCCGGGGCUGACAACAUACUGUACAGUAAAAAUCGAAGUGACUGAUGUGAAUGAUAAUGCCCCUGUAAUAUAUUUGAAAUCCCUGAAUACUCCCAUCCCUGAAAGCGCUGAAAUAGGAACAGAGGUGGGCAUAAUUAAUGUACAAGACAGAGAUUCAGAGAACAACCGCAUAGUCCGCUGCUCGCUCCAGCAAGCGGUUCCAUUUAAACUUGUACCGUCAAUACAGAAUUACUACUCCAUAGUUACCACCGCCAGUCUGGACCGUGAAUUCAUGUCUGAGUACAAUGUCACCAUACAUGCCACUGACGAGGGCUCCCCUCCCCUGGCAUCUGUCAAACAAAUACAGAUCACCGUCGCUGACGUUAACGACAACCCCCCUGCGUUUGAGGAACAGUUUUAUAGGGCCCAUGUAGCUGAAAAUAACAAACCAGGUUUAUCCAUCUGUACAGUAAAAGCAAUAGAUCCGGACUGGCGACAGAACGGAACUGUCACUUAUUCACUUGUGGCGAAUGAUAUCAAUGGUCCCGCAGUAGCAACAUAUUUAUCUAUCAAUGGAGAUACAGGCGUCAUUCAUUCUGUAAGAUCGUUUGAUUAUGAACAGUUCAAGAGUUUAAAAGUGAACGUGGUGGCGAGAGAUAAUGGAUCACCCCCUCUUAGCAGCAAUGUGACUGUGAAUGUAUUUAUAAUAGAUGAGAAUGACAACCAUCCACAAAUAUUAUAUCCAUCUCCAGAGGGAAAUUCACUUAUGACUGAGAUGGUGCCAAGAGCUACACAAGGAGGCUCGCUGGUCUCCAAAGUGAUUGCUGUUGAUUCAGACUCUGGCCAAAACGCGUGGCUUUCUUACCACAUUGUUAAAUCCUCGGAUCUUAAACUGUUUACAAUUGGACUUCAUAGUGGAGAGAUCAGGACGCAGAGGGACAUUUCAGAUUCUGAUGGCUUGAAACAAAACCUCGUUGUGUCAGUGAAAGACAACGGACAACCCUCUCUGUCGGCGACAUGCAUUGUGUAUUUACUAAUUUCUGAUAACUUGGCUGAAGUUCCUGAACUUAAAGACGUAUCUUAUGAGGACAACUCAAAACUCACUUGGUAUUUGAUUGUCGCAUUAGUGUCGGUCUCUACUUUCUUCUUGACUUUCAUCAUCAUUACUUUGUCCGUGAGGUGUUGUCGUCGAAGAAAGCCCAGACUGUUACUGGAUGGAGCUGUGGCGAUUCCCAGCGCUUAUCUGCCUCCGAAUUACGCAGACGUAGAUGGAACUAUGACGCUCCGCAGUGGCUAUAAUUAUGACGCAUACCUCACCACAGGAUCGCGCACCAGUGACUUUAAAUUCGUCAGUUCUUACAAUGAUGGGACACUACUUGCAGAUCGGACGUUGAGAAAAAAUUCACUUGGAGACGAGCUGUUUGGGCCAUGUGAAGAAACAGAAAGUCCACAGACGUGGAUGCCACAGGGACACUUCGCAGCUCGUAUAACUACGACGCAUAUCUCACCACCGGAUCGAGAACCAGUGACUUUAAAUUCGUACGAUCUUACAAUGAUGGAACGCUCCUCGCAGACGACACACUGAAAAAAAGUUCAUCUGCUGCUGAAGAGCUUUUCGGGCUGGUCGAUGAUGGCAAAAGUCUUCCAC